AUGCCCCGUCUCAAGUCCAAGUGGCGUUCUGACUAUGCCAGGCGCCAGUUGGAACAGCGGAGCAUUUUGCUUCAUGGACCACACAAUCAGCGAUCGGAGAGCUGUACACGCCAUGGUACAGGGCGUAGGCAUGCAGUGCUGAAAUGGCCGAUUUCGGCUCAUACCGAUAAAAGCCACAAAUUGGUCCUUCCUGCUGAGUGCCCUGACAAGAAGUUUGUUCUGAUUGUUGGGGACUCCCAUCUACGUGCCAUCGUAGAUGGAUUUGUCAAGAUGCCAGAGGGGCCGCUUUCCUUUGGUGUCAUGUCAACGCCGGGGGCUUGUGCGUCACAGUUGAGGACCGAGGUGCUUCAUGCUGUAGUGCCUCGGUCCCCUGAUGCUGUGUGUGUACUGGCUCCUAGCAACAACUUGACAGCCAGCAAGACGCCUUGCGAUGCAGGUGUUGAGUUUGGCCUGUACCUGGAUGCUGUCCGCAGUCGCUGGCCAAAGGUGUUUGUCCUGGACUUUCCUCCACGCCUUACCAUUGAGGAGGAUCAGCAGGAAUUUUAUCGCCAAGAGUUCCAUCGUGUGGCGGCAAAGGCUGGCGUGAAGUACUACUCCAUAGCUGAGCGCUUUCCUUUGGAUUACACUGACCUGUGGAGUAGAGAUGGUGUCCACCUUAGCGAUCGCGAAGGUAUGGGCAUUCUGGUUCAGGUACUGUGGGAUGCUUCCUUUCAGGAAGUAUGGCCACCUCUACCAAAGCCACAGGUUUCUCCGAGGGCAUCAUCUCCUCCUACUUCCAGCAUUGUUCCAAGACUGGUUGUUAGCCUGCCUGUUAAGGGGGAGGUCAUCGUUCCACCAAGACGAAACCCUUUGGCAUGGACGAUUGUUGGGAAUGGCAGCAAGGUGGACACAACUUCAGGCCUGGAGGAGUGUUCCAUCCCGCUGAAUCCUCGCAGGUUCAGCAGUGCUGUGCUGGAUGCGAUGGAUCAUGUUGUUCCAUCGCAUCUUUCCAGCCCUUCAUGGACAGAUGUUCCACAAGUUACAAAGGCGGAGGCAAGUGUUGUGGAGGUGUUGAAGGCGUCACCCUCCUCUGAUGUGAAAGAGGACUUUCCAGACCGGAUGGAAGUUACACCGAGCCUGCCGAUGUCUGUGGAGCCGGAGCUUGGGUCUGCUGAGGCAGCCCCUGCGUCUGCACUUGCCCCUGCUGUGGAGGAUGAGGUGCCAGAGAUGGGUGUGCGGAAGCGCCGCAGGCCAAGAUCCGACAAUGGUGAGGUUAUUGCUAACCCUUUUGAUUGCAGGUGUGCUGUUAAGUCUCCGAUGGCGGUGCUGACAGGGAUGUGUGCUGGGGCAACAAGAGCAUCAAAUGGUAAAGUGCGUGGUUCUCUUGUUUGUAGUGUUGUGGCUGCUAUGAAGCAUGUGUCUGUUCCUGUGUGCACUUGGGAUGAAAGUGAUGUAGAUGAGAUACAGGUUACAGGGAUAAAGUUGAGCAAACGUGUUGUUGAGUACUGGUGGGAAAGUUCAGCUAACCGCAAACGGUUCUGCAAGCUACUUGAACACCAAAGACUGUUUGGCAGGAUGCAGAGUGUGUCUGUUGGUCCACCAAAGAUGGAGGUCUUUGACAUGAAUCAAGAAUGUAAGUUGUAUGAGGAUCUGCAAGAAAUGCUGUUGAGUGAUGGCAUGUGUCUGCUGGAAAUUCAGGGUUCAACUGUUGUUAUCAUCCACCACCAAGACUACUACGUUGUAGUUGAUUGUGGAGCAUGCAGUGAGUCUGGCUUGCCAAGGAGGAAUGGCAGUAGUGUGGCUGUUUUUAAUACAAACCUCAAUGACCUGAUGCUCCAUAUCCGUGCUGUGAGACAAGAGCUUCGAGCGAAGAUCUACAGAAUCAGCAGCCUGUCUGUGAAGGCAGAUGAUGUGACUGAUAUCACAGAGGGUGCUACAGUGUGUAGGGACAGCAACAUUUCUGUCACAAAAGAGGACGUAACAGUUGUCGCAGAGAGUGUGGCAGUGUGUAGGGACAAUAGCGUUUCUGUCACCACAGAUGAAAUGACAGUUGUCACAGAGAGUGUGAGAUUUGGUGGAGACAGCAUCAUUGACAUUGACAGUAGAUCUGAGGAUGUAGAGGAUUGUUUUGUUGCUGCCCAGGAAGGCCUUUUACUGCCUGUCAUUGGAUCAUUUCAUCAGGGUGAUGAUCGUUUCAUGUACGGUGGACAACAGUGUAUGGCUAUCAGUCUGGUUGGAAUAGCAAGACAUACGUUUGACAGCGUGUUUUCGUGGACGACGGCUGAGCUUGACAAGGUUUUACUUUUGGGUGAUCAGCUGUAUACAGAUUUGAGGGAUGGCGGCAGGAUUAGUGGGAAAUCUGAGCUGUUGUGCAUUCCAGAUCUUCCAAAACAGUUUGCUGUUGAUGGACACAAUUUGGCAUUUGUGUAUGGAGAUUGUGUAUCUGGCCAUGUUGAUGUUGUUGCAGGAGAGUUGAUUGAUGCCGGUGUGCAAUGCCCUUUAAAAUGUGGACUUCAAGAGAUGUGUGUGAAAUAUGACGCAUGCUUUUUCACAGUAGGUGGUAAUACAUCUGCCAUCAUAGGUCACAAUGGAUGUUAUGCAGUCAUUGAUUCUCAUGCACGCAACGAAGAUGGGAUGAUGGAUGGUGAUGGGAAAAGUGUCGUCGUGUAUUUUUCUUGUCUUGAUUUUUUGUUUGAUCACAUUUGGCUGUUUUCAAGACAUUUGUCUGAAGGUCAGAGAGUGUUUGAGAUUACAGGUGCUUGUGUCAGUAAGCAAGAGUCAAGUGAGGAGGUUUGCAUGUUCUUUGAUCCAAUAACCAUUCCACAAGUCAAUGAGGAUGAAGUCCCACGUACUUUGGCUCAGGAAACCGUCUUUGUUAAGAGUCACAAAAACACAAAUACAAUGUCAAAGGAUGCAGCAAUGGCGUAUUGUGAUUCUGAAAAGGUGCAAUCAAUUCAUGAUGAUGCUACUCUACAUGCAUCUGAUGAAGAUGAUGUUGUUGUCAGUGAAGUCAUAACUAAAACACUGCAGUUCAACCCACUUUGCAGUGAUGUUGUUCAAACUUUGUGUACAAAGUUAAAUGUACUGUCAGAAAAGGUUGAUGCACAAUCAGUACAAGUUGGGGACUUGGGUGUUCCGUGCAAGAACGUGAACAUAGUUGCUGAUGGCAAUUGUUUUUUCAGGGCAGUUAGUCACGCUGUGUGUGGGACACAGUUACAUCAUAAAAAAAUACGCGCGUCUGUGUGUAAGCAUUUGCAAAACAGCGAUGGGGCGUAUAACAGUUUAUUAAGAUCUGGAUAUGAUUCAAUGCAACAGUAUCUCGAAAUUUCUAAAAUGAAGUAUGUUGGUAGUUGGGCUACAGAAAUUGAGAUUCAAGCUGUUUCAGAUUGUUUUGGAGUACAUGUUUUCACAUUUCAUGACAACCGCUGGAUUAAAUACAGUUCUUUGAAUAAUGUGUUGUCAAAUCAGGGGAUUUAUCUCGAAAACUGUAAUGGCAAUCAUUAUGAAACAGUUGUUUGUGUUCAACAGCUUCAUGGGCAAAGUUGUUAUGGUUAUUGCAAGGAAACCAUAUCUUCUGUCACAGGUCGUGCUUUAAGACAGCAGAACGUUAAGGAAAGAAGCAUAGGGAAAUAUAAAGACAACGCGUUGCAUAGGUUAGAGAUUAAGGCACUAAACAAAAGGAAAUAUUGGUUGAAUCCAAUGCAUAGGCAAAAUGUGAGAACCAGGAAUCAAAGGGAAUAUCAUGUAAAUCAUGAAUAUAAAAUGCGUGUUGCAGCAGGUAACAAACGUAAAAGGCAGGAAAAGAAAGUUAAGUCAGAAGAAAUUGACUUUGUUAUGCAGCAGUUUUUGGAUAAAGUGAAAGACGGACCGGAUUUUGUGUGUUGCGUCUGCCAUAGGAUGUUAUUUUGUCAUCAAGUUUUACUUUGUAAAAGAGGGCACUACAAUAAGAGUACUGCAAUAGCUUCUCUUGCUGAUAAAUGUAUCAAUGAGAAGUACGUGCACAAAUGCAGUGGUGAUUGUGUGUUGCCAUGUCGGUUGAUGGAUACACCUAGGAGUCAGUUGUGGAUCUGUUACACUUGCCAUGGUAAGAUUAACAAAGGUGUAUUGCCUCCUGAAUGUGCAAUGAAUAAUAUGGCUGUUGAUCCCAUUCCGGCUGAGUUGGCGUGUUUGAACAGUUUAGAGCAGCAUUUAAUCGCUUUAAAUAUUCCGUUCAUGAAGAUGUUGGCGUUACCCAAAGGAGGGCAAAAUGGAGUCCAUGGUCCUGUAACGUGUGUUCCAGCAAAUAUUGUGCAAACUAGCAAUUUGUUGCCACGUUCUAGUAUGGAAGGAUCAUUGUUGCCAGUGAAGUUGAAGCGAAAGCUUACUUACAAAGGUCAUUACGAGUAUCAAUUUGUUGAUGACAUGCAUAUCCGAAAGGCAUUGAAGUUGUUAAAAGACACUAAUGUGCAUUAUAAAGAUGUGGUGUUCAAUGAGGAUUGGUCGAAUGAUUUUUGUAAGGAAACACAUUCUGAUGUGUCAGAAAAGGACACUGAUUGCACUGGAGAUGGUGCUGGAGUAUCUGCUGAUAAUGGUGAGGACGAGCUCCUGCAUGACAGACAGCAGCAUUGUAUGUAUCAGGACACAUGUCUGAUGCCAGUGGACAUUGGUCAGGAAGCACUGGAUCAGUCUUUUGACAAUGUCUUGAACUUGGCUCCAGCUGAAGGGAACAAUCCUGUGCGACUGUUAUCUGAUGAUACAAAUGAGGCCAAAUGUUUCCCUGUUUUGUUUCCAAAAGGCUGCCCUACAUAUCGGGAUUUUCGUCAACAUCGAUUGACAUCGUCACGCUAUUUUAAUAAUCGCAUCUUACAUGCUGAUGGUCGUUUUGCGCGGAAUGUGGAGUAUAUCUUUUUUGCUCUGUAUAUGUCAGAGGUAGAACAAGUUGUCUCGUGUGUAUCUAUAGCAUUGAGGAAAGGACGAGGUGGCAAAUUCCAAAAAGUUCCUGGAGAUGUAUUGAAUAAUGAGGAGGGUUUGAAGAGGUUGUUGGAAUAUGAUGAUGGGUUUCGUUUUCUUAAACCGAUUAGAGGAACCCCAUCUUUUUGGCAGGGAGCGCAACGUGAACUGUUGGCUUGUGUUCGUCAACUUGGUAUUCCUACAUGGUUUGCCUCAUUUUCCUGUGCUGAUAUGCGGUGGAAGAACCUUCUGACUAGUAUUUUGACACAGGAAGGUAGAACAGAAACGGUCGAGGAACUAGAAUGGGCGGAAAGGUGUGAACUUUUACGUCGUAAUCCUGUCACUGCGGCAAGACUGUUUGAUUUUCGAUGGCAUUGUUUUUUGAGGGAAGUUUUGAUGUCUCGAUAUAAUCCUAUUGGUAAGAUUACCGAUUAUUACUAUCGUGUGGAAUUCCAGCAACGUGGCUCACCACACAUUCAUGGUUUGUUUUGGAUAGAAGAUGCACCUGUCAUUGACAGAAACACAGAUGAGGAGGUAGUUGCAUUUAUUGAUAAGUACGUGACUUGUGAAUUACCUACAGAGGAUGAGACACUGUUAGAGAUUGUUACAGCUGUGCAAACACACUCAAAGCGUCAUUCCAAAACGUGUAAGAAGAAGGGUACAGUUUGUCGUUUCACUUUUCCUAGGUUGCCAUCUUUAGAAACAUUUAUAUCUCGUGGUGUUGGUGCAGAUGAUGAGAAGUCAGAUAUGAGAAAGGAGGAUGCAGUGAAAAUCCUAAAUGAUCUGAAGGCUGCUAUUUUGGAUGGUAAAGCAGAUGGUGUAUCUGUCCAACAGUUGUUUGCGCAAGUAGGUAUAACUCAAGCAGAUUUGCAAGCUGCUUGUAGGUCUUAUGGUAGGAAAACGGAGGUGGUUUUGAAGAGGCGGAUUGAUGCGAUCUGGAUUAAUCACUACAGCAAAGUACUGCUCAAAAUAUGGAAUGCAAACAUUGACAUCCAAUUUGUUUCUGAUGCUUAUGCUUGUGUUGUGUACAUCAUUUCGUAUAUUUCAAAAGGGGAAAGAGAAAUGGGAAUGUUACUGGCAAAUGCACAGAGGGAGGCAGCCAAGGAAGGGAAUGCUAGUGCAAAAGAUACGUUAAAGAAUCUAGGGAGUGUGUAUUUACACAACAGAGAUGUUUGUGCUCAGGAGGCUGUAUAUAGGUUAGCAAACAUGCAUCUGAAGGAGUGUUCAAGAAAGGUCGUAUUCGUGCCAGUAGGGGAAAAUGCUGUUAAAAUGAGUUUGCCUUUAAGUGUGUUAAAACAGAAGGCAUCAUCGAAGGACCUCAGCACAGAAGACAUGUGGAUGACUAGCUUGGUUGACAGGUAUAGGAGUAGACCAAAAGACAGUACUUUUAAUGACAUGUGUUUGGCAACAUUUGCGUCAGAGUAUCGCAUAUUGUCAAAGAAUGAACGGUCCCCAAAUAGGAUUGCAUUGAGCAAUGAUUGUGGGUUUAUUUUGAGAAGAACUCGAACCCAACCGGCCGUCAUUCGUUAUGUACGAUUUUCAGAAACCAAGAGUCCAGAAUUGUUUCAUCAGAGCAUUCUGCAAAUGUUUUUGCCGUAUCGGAUGGAUGUGCAGUUGAGACCAGAAGGUUUUGUGACAUUUGAGGAGUUUUACAGAGGAGGUCAUGUUAAGUUAGAUGAUGGAUGGCUGCAUUCAGUCAAGUCAGUUGUUGAUGUAAAUAGAAAGUUGUAUGAAAUGGAUGCAGAUGUGUUAGACGACAUCCAAAACACCAUUGACAGGGAUGGCAUUAUAGAAGACGCCUGGUGCAAAUUGUGUCCAGAAGCAGAAAUGGAUCGUUUAGAGUGUGUGCAGUUACGUGCAGAUGAGAAUCAGGUAGUGGAUGAGCACACCGAUCUUAUUCCGGAUUUAGCAGUAACUCGGGAGCAAGUGGCCCAUUUAGAAAAGAGAGCUAACGUCAUGUGUCGAAAUGAUGGUCUGGCUUUGAUAAGAUCUCUGAAUGAGACACAGAUGUGUAUUUUUUAUCAGAUUAGGCAGUGGUGCUUAGCUAAGGUAAUGGGGGAGAAGCCAGACCCAUUACACGUGUUCAUUACAGGUGGUGCUGGUACUGGUAAAAGCCAUUUAAUAAAGGCUAUUCAGUACGAAGCAACGAGGCUAUUGUCAACAGUGAGUCGUCAACCAGAUGAUAUUUGUGUGUUGUUGACAGCUCCGACUGGGAUAGCUGCCCAUAAUUUACACGCUAGUACCAUUCACAGUGCUUUAAGCAUUGGGGUGGAUGUACGCUUACCUUACAUACCUCUAGGUGAAGAGAAGGUGAACUCCUUGCGUGCCAAAUAUAGAAGUUUGCAGAUUUUGAUCAUUGAUGAAAUUUCCAUGGUGAGUCAUAACCUGUUGGCUUAUAUCCAUGGAAGAUUACGUCAGAUGAAACAAAGUCGUGAUUUAGCUCCUUUUGGUAAUGUCAGUGUAGUUGUGGUUGGAGAUUUUUUCCAGUUGCCUCCUGUUAGAGGGAAACCCCUGUAUGUAAACAACAUUGGUUUUGAUUUGUGGAUGAACAUAUUCAAGGUUGUAGAGUUACAUACAGUAGUACGGCAACAAGAUGAUGCUUUUGCUCAGUUGUUGAACAGAGUUAGAACUCGUUCAAAAGGGACCCCAAUGUUAGCUGGUGACAUUGAGAUUUUAAAACGAUGUGAAACUGGUGAAGUCAGCUCAGCUUUACACAUUUUUUCUACCAACAAACAGGUAAAUGAGCAUAAUGUUGUCCAACUUGCAAAGACUUGUCCUGAUUUUGUUGAGAUAAAGGCUCAAGAUUUUGUCAAUUGUAAGGCAACAGGCAAGUUGAAGUUGAUGAGUGGGCAUCAUUCACGAGUUCAGAACACGUGUUUGGAUGAAUCACUGGCUUUGGGGAUAGAUGCUCGUGUCAUGCUUAUUAAGAAUGUAGACGUAGCAGACGGACUGGUAAAUGGAGUAUGUGGCACUGUAACCCAUAUUGUUUACCCGAGUGAUAGUAGAAACUUCCCUGACACAGUGUAUGUUAAGUUUGAUGACAAUCAGGUCGGUGCAGAGAUGAGGAAACGCUGUGCGUAUUCUGUAGCAGUUGAGAUGGGCUCUACUGGUAUUAGACCAGAGGAGGAAAGAGUAACCACUAAGGGCGGUUUGCGCCGGCAAUUUCCACUGAAACUUGCUUGGGCUUGUACUGUACACAAAGUACAGGGUCUAACUGUUGAUGAGGCUGUAGUGUGUCUCAAAAGAAUCUUUGCACCUGGACAGGCAUAUGUGGCAUUAAGCCGUGUUAGAAGUUUGUCAGGGUUGGUGAUACAGGAUUUUGAAGAUAAGGUCAUAUAUUGCAAGGAUGACAUUAAAGAUGCAAUUAAAAACAUGCCUCCCUUCUUGGUCGAAAGUAUUUCAAGGCAAAGCUUCACAAAUGCAAACACGCAUAGUUUCACAUUGUUUUUGAUUAAUGUGCAAAAUUUAAGCCGACAUAUUACAGAUUUGGUGUCAUGUACAAAGCAUUUGCAGCUUAACUGUAUUGCUGUUACAGAAACAUGGCUGCCUGAAGCUUUCUCAAGCGAAUCUGUAAAGAUUCAAGGUUACAGCUUUCAAAACCAGCCACGUAGUUCGUCUUAUAGUAGCAGUAACCACACAUUGGCAAACAUACAAGAACAACAACAUGGUGGAGUUGGCAUGUAUAGUUUAGAUAGUUUACCAUAUGAGGUCAUCAAAGUACCGCAUUUGAGUUUGGAAUGUUUAGUGUACAACUACACAACAUCCAGGAUACUGAUAGCAGUCGUUUAUCGGCCGCCAUCUUAUCCUAUGUCUCAAUUAAAAGACAAUCUGACCAAGUUAAUUAAUUGGUUAGAGCCAAUAAGUACCACAGUUGCUGUAAUAGGAGAUUUCAAUGAUAAUAUUUUCAAAUCUUCUAGUAUUUCGAACUUUAUGGCAGAGAAAGGAUAUAUCCAAUAUGUCACCCAAGCAACAACUGAGAAGGGUACAUUAAUUGACCACAUCUAUAUUAAAACUACAUUUUAUGACAUAGAAACUGUAGUUUCGCCAACAUACUUUAGUGACCACGAGGGGAUUACAUGUUCUUUUACAUCUAGGUCGAUGGACAUGGACCUUGGAGUAGAACAGCUGUAG